UGGCGCAUUUUCUUGCACCGAGUAAUGCGGUGUCGCUGGUGGCUGAGGAGGGCGGAGAGUUCUGUGGUGAAGAAGGGGGAGGGAUUCAUGUAGGCAUCACGGAGGGCCUUGGUCUGAACUAUAAAGGGGGAAGUUGAUGUUGGGUACUGCUACUCCCGGACCGGCGGCGUGAAAUUUGUGAUAUCAUCGUUAAAACAUCAGCUUUGAAAUUUAAAAACAAUGGAGAAAACUCAAGAAACGGUCCAAAGAAUUCUUCUAGAACCCUACGAGUACUUACUUCAGUUACCAGACCCUAACGGAGACAUACCUGCUAAUGUCAAUGCCUCAAAAGGAUGGAGGGAAGACAGACAUGGAGAAGGCAAAAGGUAAACAAGUGAGAACCAAACUUUCACAGGCAUUUAAUCAUUGGCUAAAAGUUCCAGAAGACAAGCUACAGAUUAUCAUUGAAGUGACAGAAAUGUUACAUAAUGCCAGUUUACUCAUCGAUGAUAUUGAAGACAACUCAAAACUCCGACGUGGCUUUCCAGUGGCACACAGCAUCUAUGGAAUUCCAUCUGUCAUCAAUUCUGCCAAUUACGUAUAUUUUCUUGGCCUAGAGAAAGUCUUAACCCUUGAUCACCCGGAUGCAGUAAAGCUUUUCACCCGCCAGCUUUUGGAACUCCAUCAGGGCCAAGGCCUAGAUAUUUAUUGGAGGGAUAAUUACACCUGUCCCACUGAAGAAGAAUAUAAAGCUAUGGUGCUGCAAAAGACAGGUGGACUGUUUGGAUUAGCAGUGGGUCUCAUGCAGUUGUUCUCUGAUUACAAAGAAGAUUUAAAGCCACUGCUUAAUACACUUGGUCUCUUUUUUCAAAUUAGGGAUGAUUACGCUAAUCUACACUCCAAAGAAUAUAGCGAAAACAAAAGCUUUUGUGAAGAUUUAACAGAGGGAAAGUUCUCAUUUCCUACUAUUCAUGCUAUUUGGUCAAGGCCUGAAAGCACCCAGGUGCAGAAUAUCUUGCGCCAGAGAACCGAAAACAUAGAUAUUAAAAAAUACUGUGUACAUUAUCUCGAGAACGUAGGUUCUUUUGACUACACUCGGAAUACUCUUAAAGAGCUUGAAUCUAAAGCCUAUAAACAAAUUGAUGCACGUGGUGGGAACCCUGAGCUAGUAGCUCUAAUAAAGCACUUAAGUAAAAUGUUCAAAGAAGAGAAUUAAUAGUAUUAAGCCAUUCUUGAUUAGGCCUGAUAGCUUAUACUUGAUUUUUUUUUUUUGUCUUUUAGCCUAUCUCCUUUUUAAAAAUUUGGGCCAAGCUGUUAGUCUCCAAAAACUGAGUGAAUAGGGAUGAUAUGAGUGAGAUUGUUUCAACUUGGAGCCCCUCUCUACGGAUAAUCAUUAUAGUACAAAGUUGAAGGAAUCAAGAGGAGCCACAUUUGAAUAGGUCUAAUUUGAAUGUCAGAAUGUGCUCUAUUGGGACCUUGUAGCCAGCUCUGCCACGAAUGUUCUCUUGAUUCUGUCAAUAAAGAAGACAUCAGCUUCCAGGAAUUUUUAUCAAGAUGCUUCUUUUUUUUUUUUUUUUAAAGGAAGAUUAGCCCUGAGCUAACUGCUGCCAGUCCUCUUUUUGCUGAGGAAGACUGGCCCUGAGCUAACAUCUGUGCCCAUCUUCCUCUGCUUUAUA